CAGGCGACGCGCGGGCCCGGGUUCCGCGAGGCGGCGGGGAAGGGCCCCGGGGCGUAGGCCUUGAGGCUAUCUGCGCUCUCGGGAGUCGGGUCGGGCCGCCCUCGACGCCGCAAACCGAGCGGGGCCGGAAGUGGGGCGGCAGAGUUCCCGGGACUGGGCGCGGGCUCCGGUACCGCAGAGUCGGAACCCGGAGUCGGCCCGGGGACCCUGUUUUCCACUUCUGCGCCCUGCGCGCCUCCAGGCGGGAGGCUGAGGCGGGAGGGAGACGUGCAAACGCUGUCAGGCCCGAGCUCCGGGAAGUUUCCGGGAACCGCGGCCCGGCUGCCGAUCUGAUCCCGCGCUGGCGGGCUUGGUGGCGCACGCCUGUAAUCCCAAUACUUGGGAGGCUGCGACAGGAGGAUCGCUGUGAGUUCGAGGCCAACCUGGGCUACAAAGGCGAGCGCGGCGACAAUGUGCGGGCGGACGUCCUGCCACUUGCCCAGGGACAUGCUGGCCAGAGCCUGCGCCUACCGUGACCGCGGGGGCCGGCAGCGGCUCCCCGAGUGGAGGCAGCCCGAGAAGUACCACCCCUCCUACAACCAAAGCCCGCAGAGCUGCAGCCCCGUGCUGUUGUCGCGCCUGCACCUGGAGAAGGAUGCAGAUUCAUCAGAGCGGAUUAUUGCUCCCAUGCGAUGGGGCCUGGUCCCCUCUUGGUUCAAAGAUGAUCCUUCCAAGCUGCAGUUCAAUACCACCAACUGUCGCAGCGAUACUAUCCUGGAGAAACGGUCAUUCAAGGUGCCUCUGGGGAAGGGGAGACGCUGUGUUGUCUUAGCUGAUGGAUUCUAUGAGUGGCAGCGAUGUCUCGUAACAAACCAAAGGCAGCCGUACUUCAUCUAUUUCCCUCAGACUGAGGCGAAGGAGUCAGGCAGCGGAGGGGCUUUAGACAGUGCUGAGAACUGGGAGAGAGUCUGGGACCACUGGAGGCCGCUGACCAUGGCAGGGAUCUUUGACUGCUGGGAACCCCCUGAGGGAGGAGACCUGCUGUAUUCCUACACCAUCAUCACCGUGGAUUCCUGCAAAAGCUUGCAUGACAUCCACCACAGGAUGCCUGCCAUCCUGGAUGGAGAUGAGGCUGUGUCCAGGUGGCUGGACUUCGGGGACGUCCCCACUCAGGAGGCCCUGAAGCUGAUCCGCCCCACAGAGAACAUCACUUUCCACCCUGUCUCCCCCGUCGUCAACAACUCGAGAAACAACAGCCCUGAGUGUCUGACUCCUCUCCACUUGGUGGUCAAAAAGGAACCCAAGGCAAGUGGCAGCAGCCAAAAGAUGAUGCAGUGGCUGGCCACCAAGUCACCCAAAAAGGAAGACCAAGAGACAUCCCAAGAGGAUAAGUCUGAUACACCCCGGUGGUCCAGCCAGUUCCUACAGAAGAGCCCACUCCCCACCAAGAGAGGCGGCACAGGCCUCUUGGUGCGAUGGCUAAAGCAGGAGAAGGAGGAGGCACCCCCAUCCAAGCGACCUCACAGUCAGUAGGCGGGGUCCCUGGCGCAGGACGUUUUUGGGUGUGCGUGUGUGGGAGAAGGUGGCAGUGGCUAGGGGACAGUUGCGGGCACAUAAGGAAAGCAGCCCCACUGGCCUUGAGCAGGUGGGCAGCAUUGGGCAGAGGGAAAAGGGGCCUCCUGCUGCCCGUGCCCGGUGGGAUGGGAGGCCUCGGGCUGCUCUGCCGCUCCUGUAGGGUUCUUCCCUGCCGAGCCAUGGGAACCAAAGUGUAACAUGCAGGCUUGGCUUUGGUUUGGUUUCCUUUGAAGGGUGAAGAUGUUAUUUUUCAGAAAUGUCGAGUCAUGUAAGAAAGGAAAUGUUA